AUAAAACUCCCUCUUUUUUUUGCUACAGAGAUGGAAGGCGAAACUGGUAUUAACUAACCCGACCACCAGCUCUCGGUGCAUCUUAUCCCGAUCCCAGCGGCAAAUGCAACAACGGCUGUCAUGGACGCUCGCAAGACCUCCACCUUCGCCCCUCCUCCAUCCCACCACAAGCUUAUCGAGCACGAAGCCUCGGCUUUCUUCCAUUCGAAAGAUUAGGGCUAGGGUUUGGACACCGCCGUCGUGCUCUUCCUCCUCCUCCUCCUCCUCAAAAAAGACUGCCGCGGUGGAACUGGAUGCAGAGCUCCUACCGAACGCGCGACGCCGGAAGAGCGAUCCGAGAUGGUCCGGCGCCGGCUUCAGCCUCGGCGUCGACCUCGGUGCCUCUCGCACCGGCCUCGCCCUCGGCAAGGGCUUCUUCCCUCGCCCCCUCACCGUAUUGGAGCUGCGGGGCCAGAAGCUCGAGCUUCGCCUUCUUGAAAUUGCGGAACGGAAGGAGGUUGAUGAAUUUAUAAUCGGGCUUCCGAAGUCCAGCGAUGGGAAGGAAACGCCGCAGUCAAACAAGGUCCGGAGCAUUGCGGGAAGACUUGCAGUUCGAGCUGCAGAGAGGGGUUGGAGAGUCUACCUGCAGGAUGAACAUGGAACUUCAAUAGAUGCCCUUGAUUUUAUGAUUGAUGUGGGCCUAAAGAGGUCUGCUCGCCAAGGGAAAAUUGAUGCCUAUUCUGCCGUGAUGUUACUUGAGAGAUAUUUCUCAAUGUCAGGGUGCGGAGCUGAACUAGUUGUUCCUAAGCAGUUGGAAUUACAAGAAAAGCUUCGAAAGGGUCCUUGUCAAGACUGAGUUUUAACAGAAAACACCUUCUAUGCUGAACAAGUGAAAAAAAAGGAAAAGAAAAGAAAAGAAAAAGGGCAUCGAUACUUCCAUUGCCGACAUAAGUUCCAGGUUGUGGAAGCUUGCUGUACACAUCUGGUAAUUAGUUCAUCAAAUAAAUUUUGAGACGUGAACUUAUAAUAUGCCUGCAAAUUGCAUCCUUUUCCUUAUAAAAUAGCAAUGCCCAUCGAUAAUUUUUUUUUUCAACAAUGGAUUAUCUAGUAUAUAAUGUGAGCAAAAGUCCUUUCUCCAA